CGGUUCCGCUUCCGGUGUCAACAAACAAUCCAACAUGGCGACUUUCAGGGGGGAGAAGAACUGACGGACACGAGCGUCGGUGGACACUGACCUCCGAGGAGAACACGAUGAGUGACCCGGACACCGGGGGGAGCUUAGUCCGCUACUACUGCACCGCCGGUACCGGCAUGGAGCGGUUCCUCAUCCGCGAGGUGAAGGAGAAGCUGGCGGCCGAAGACGUGUGUCAGACUGCAGGUAAAGUGUUGUUCAGCUCCUCCGCCGCCAUCCACAGCGUCCGCGGGCUGAAGGCGGCGGAGCGGCUCUUCCUCCUGCUGAGAAGAGACGCGCCGCUGCGUCUGCCCGCCCACACCGGCCCAGCCGCCGCCGCCGCCGCGCUUCGGUCCAGAGCGCUGGGCGACGGCGCUCAGUGGGCCGCCGCUGCAGCGACGUGGAGCCGCCUGCAGGGGGAGCUGGAGGGCAGGAGGACGGAGGAGAGGAGGCAAGGAGAGAGGGACCGGGGAGAUGAGGAGCCCGGGAGCCGAGUCGAAGCCCUGAAGACCAAGAGAAAGAGGGAUGAGGAAGAAAAGGAGUCCUCUGAGAGAAAGAGACGCCUUGAAGAGGACGACGGAGGAGCAGAAACACCAGCAGAGAGCUUCAUUCACGAGGAAGUGAAGCCGUCCGGCUGCAGCGAACCGGAGCCCCCCGACCCGGCGCUCUCUUUCAGGGUCAGCUGCAAGUGCACCGGCUCUCUGUCCCGGUGCUUCGGCGCGCAGGAGGUGAGCAGGCUGAUCGGAGGAGGGCUGAGCCGACUGCUGGGCUGGAAGGCGGACCUGAAGAACCCGCAGCUGGAGGUGAACGUCUCUCUGAGCGAUGACCACUUCCUGUUGGGGUUUCCUUUGACCAGGUUGCCGCUCGCCAACCGGAGCUACAUGAGGACCACGGGACUCCGGUCCACCGUUGCCUGGGCGAUGGCGUCUCUGGCUCAGAUACAGCCCGGCUCCCGCGUGGUGGACCCGAUGUGUGGAGUGGGAACCAUCCUCAUAGAAGCAGCACAGGAGCUCAAGGCUGCGUGCUUCCUGGGUUUGGACAUCGAUGACGGACAGCUGCAGAAGGCCAAUGAGAACGUAGCGUUCGCCGAGCUGGGGAACAGGAUACAGCUGCUGAAAGCUUCGUCGAUGAGGCUGCCUCUCCCCAGCGCCAGUGUGGACGCCGUCGUCUGCGACUUGCCGUUUGGCAGGAAGUUUGGCACCAAAACAAACAUGGCCGCCGACCUGCCACUCAUCCUCGGGGAGAUGGAGAGGGUCCUCUGUGUGGGUGGAACCCUGGUUCUCCUUCUGAGUCCUCAGCUGUCUUGUCUCCUGAAAACCCUCCUGUCCCGGGCGGCCCCUGGACCGGCACCCGACCUGGAGGCGGAGCCUCGGUCUGGGCUCCAACGCGGUGCGCCGCCCCCCCGGAGCUCCCUGGAGCACCAAGAGACCCUGAGAGUGAGCUUGGGGGCGAUAGACGGACUGAUCCAUAAAUAUGUCAAGAUGGACACUUGAUCUGUCUGUGUGUGAGUGAGUGAGUGUGUGUGUGUGUGUGUGUGAGUGAGUGUGUGUGUGUGUGUGUGUGUGAGU